AUGAAGCGCUGCACCGCGCGAGGUUCUUGACGGGAUAAGAAAUGUAACCAAUAUAAAAGUAGCGAUACUUUGUAGCCUACCAGUGCAUGACACUGUAUGCUUGCGUCUCACAUUGAGCAUUCAAGAGGAGUAUAGCCUAGAACCAGAGCUUCGCCGGGCACUGCGCUACAACAAGGUUACUGAAGUACAGCCAAAGAGAAGAAAAUCGGAGAAAUAUGCACAUGAUGGACCGCCCGGACUGUGGCAACUGAUACACGUUGCUCCAGUUUAGUGAUGCCAUCGAUGUCCAACGUCGUGGUAAGCCUUUCCAAGUGAAGGGACAGAGCGCAUAUCAUUUCAUUGGCAGCUAAUGUCCACAGUAGCCUAUUCACAGUCAAGUCUUGCCCUUUGCAGUGAAAUUCCGGUGGUAAAUUGGGAAGCAUCCGUAUCCGGACACAGGAGAGGAAGGAUUUCAGCGCCACUAUUCUAAAACAUAAAGGAGCCCAUAUUAGAUCUGGAUCAAUACAUCUCAUUAAUAUUUUACAACGACAUGAGAAAGAACACAUCUCCUGCUUAAUAAGAUGUAUCCACACCAUCGAGAAAGGGAGCAACCGAUCUUCAGCGCCAGGGCCCAUGUGUUCCAGAUUGACCCGAACACCAAGAGGAACUGGAUCCCUGCCAGUAAGCAUGCCGUCACCGUCUCCUUCUUCUACGACGGCAACAGGAAUGUGUACCGCAUCAUCAGCGUGGGCGGUACCAAGGCCAUUAUCAACUGCACCAUUACACCCAGCAUGACGUUCACCAGGACCUCGCAGAAGUUUGGCCAAUGGGCGGACAGCAGGGCCAACACGGUCUACGGCCUGGGCUUCGCUACAGAGCAGCAGCUGCAUCAGUUUUCUGAGCGGUUUAAGGAGGUCAAAGAGGCUGCCCGUCUUGCACGCGAAAAGUCCCAGGAUAAGAUGGAGUUGGCCAACACAGCCCUCAGCAUUGCUGCCCCACAGGACCUCAGCGAUGAGCUCCAGUCGCCGCCGGUGAUGUGUGUGAACGGUCCUGAGGAGAAGAUGUUCCGGAGCCAAAGCGCAGAUAUCACACUGUCUUCUGAGAAGGAGCGUAUUAAAAAGAUGCUUUCUGAAGGGUCUAUCUGCGAGAUGAACCUGGAGGCAGAGCUCUUCACCCUGCAGGACAGUAACUCCAAGCUGGUGGCGGCGCUACAUGAAGCUAACAAUAACGUGGAGCAGUGGAAGAAGCAGCUAGUUGCCUACCAGGAGGAGACCGAGAGGCUACGAGACCAGGUGGCUGAUCUGGAGGCACAUGGCGGACACGGCCCUAGUGACACGCUCAAAGACGAGUUGACUCGUUCUCUGGAGGAACUGGAGGCCCUGCUCAAGGCUAAAGAUGAGGAAAUCCACAUUCUGCAGAACAAGAAAGAAGAAUACCAUGAGAUGGAGCAGGAGAGAGAAGAGGCCAUACACCGAUUACAGGAGAUGGAGAUACGUAACCUGGAGCUGGAGCGGCGGGUGCAGAACGUGGAGCAGAACCUGUCCGCCUCCCUGGAGGAGCGGGACCGCACGGAGAGUGAAGUGCAGAGGGCCAUCGAGAUCCUGGACGUCAAGAUCUUUGACCUGAACGACCUUCGGCAGAGCCUGGUCAAGCUCAUUGACAAAUAGUGUGAAAGAGAAGAGGAUGGGUCUCUUAGGGAUGGCCAAAUGCAAAGAGAGGAAUUUGGAAAAGAGAACGAGCUGGUCCUCUCUUGCUGUAAAGCACAACACCACUUCUGCUGUGGGAAGAUGGCUGCUCUGGGUCCUUACAGCAGCAGCAGCAUCACUGUACAGCUUGUUAAGCGUAGGUUGUGGUGUUACCUAGGCAGUGUGUCUGCUAUGUCCGAUGUUGUGCUGUAAUUCAUGUUGCUGUCUUAACAUUCAAGGCAAUAAUCUAAAUGCUAGACUGUUCAUUUGAGAUUAGGAAUAUUGUCAUGAAUGAGAACAAUAAGAUCAUUAGGUGCUUGUAGAUAUAGUUUCCAUACUUUUGAAAUCAACUGAUUUUAUACAAAAUUGGGAAUGUAAUGCUAUAAUGAGCAACGUGGAUGAUCUUUUAAUUCUCCCGUGAGAUGAGAUUUAAAAAAUGGUUUUGAGAGAUCUUUCAGUGCAACCAAACUAUGUAUUUGGAAAGAAGCAGUACACAAUGCAGAAAAUAGAUAUUUAUUUUAUUUAAAUGUGGUUGACAGCUAUCACCUCAUCCAAUUAGAAUACAACUCAAGACAAUUGGUAUUGAAGAGGAAAAUAAAUUUGCCUUAAUUGACAAAUUAUUCACCUUUUUUUUUUAUAUACAUCUGAGCAAAGUUAGUGAAAGUGUCAAGAGGCCGAAGGUUAUGCCGCCGCAGUGGAGUUGACCUGUGACAUGUUAACGAUUCAUGUAUCCAAUCAACUAAAACCCAUGCGUCAAAGAAUGAGCGAUCUGUAAAGAAACAAAGGAUUCACGGUACUGUUUUGGCACGUCAGCCGUCUCCGGGUUUGAGUUGUAGAUAUAGAAAUGUGUUGGUACCAUGGCAUGCUGGUAGUAGUGUGAUACAAGAGGUAUGAAGCAUGAGGGUAUCUUGAAUUCCUGUGAAUGCUCCAUCCAUCUAUGAACUAAAGACACCAAAGAGAGUGGAGUUCUCAAAGAGCUUUCGAAAGCUUGACUCAGCUUCUCCUGUGUUCAUAGAAUGUUAAACUAAAGCUUAGAUUAGUCCUGGUAAUUAGGUAGAUGAUUUAGGCGAUAAGAAUUACAUGUAAGUGCUUGCUCUUGCAAUAAAUCAAUGUAUAAAUUAAGAUUUGAGCGGUUGUCUCUAGCCAGAUUGUCCAGUAAUGAGAUUUAAUUGAUAGAAAUGUAUCAUUGACACUUGAAUCAAUUCAUCUGAUCAGUGGUUAUUUCCCUCCAGCAUCUACCAGUAAUAGCAGUAGGUGGGGCUUAAUGUUUAGCUUAGAGACAAUACUAUAUGCCUUAUGUGAGUGGCUGUAUUUGUAUUUACUGUUAAAGAACGCCUGAUGAAAUUGCAAGUUUAAUUGCACAUAUGAUAUUUAGAUCAAGGCACACAAGUGGAGCAAAAUGUUGCAUUUUUAAUGAGCCUUGUUCAAAGAAAUUGUAAAACAAAUAAUAAUAAAGGAGAUGGAAUAAUCAGAAAA